GGAAAAGUUUUUACGGAAAUUUGGUACGCCGCCGCCUAGUCAUCACGUCGUUUCCUCUUCCCGGAUCGGGCAGGAGUGGGCCACCCGGCUGGUCAGAUGCUUUGACAAAUGAGAAGCUCCAGAUGAAGGCCGGGCAGACGGGUCAGCUGGAGGUGGAGAAUGCCCAGCUAAAGGCUGAGCUGGAGAGGGAGCGCUCCGACCAGGCUGUUCACGCCACUACUUGGGCUGCGCAGAAACCGGAGAAGUUUGCUGCCUGGGCACUUUUUGACCGGGAGGUCGGCAUCCGGUUCUUCCAAGUGUCUCAGCAACUGAUUGAUGACAUUGGGAUCUAUGGGUUUGGGACCUAUGAUGUAAGCUUAUUGAUGGUGACGAUUGAUACCAAUCCGUUCUUCUGGAGCUCGAUGAAGAAUAGUGAUUCUUUUAAUUUUUCUAUGUUCUUAUCUCAUGUUAUCUCGUUUUUGAAUUCAAUACUAUUACUGAACCAGCUGAAUCAAGUAGUUGUUAUAGCAACUGGGUACAACUCGUGUGAGUAUGUAUUUGAUUCCUCUGAACCCUCAAAUCAGAGGGCAGAAUGCAUGUUGGAGACAUUGCAAGAGUUUCUGGACAAGGACGAGUCGUUGAGCCAGGAAUACUCAGUUGAUGGGGUUGGCUCUUCACUUCUCUCUGGAUCACUUUCAAUGGCUCUGUGCUAUAUACAAAGGGUGUUUCGGUCUGGGCCACUCCAUCCGCAUCCUCGGAUACUGUGUCUCCAUGGAUUUGUUGUGUAUUUGUUGAUACAAUAUGUGGCCAUCAUGAACUCAAUUUUCUCUGCUCAACGCUCAAUGGUACCAAUAGAUUCAUGUGCCAUAGGGGCCCAACAUUCCGCUUUCCUGCAGCAGGCUUCAUACAUAACUAGCGGAGUUUACUUGAAGCCUCAAUUUUUGGAUGGACUAUAUCAAUAUCUUUCGACAGUGUUUGCAACUGAUUUGCAUUCUCGUGCCUUCUUACAUCUUCCCAGGCCUGUGGGGGUCGAUUUUCGUGCUUCGUGUUUUUGCCACAAGAAUACAAUUGACAUGGGGUAUAUAUGCUCAGUUUGUUUGUCCAUUUUCUGCCAGCAUCAAACACAAUGUUCCACAUGCGGAUCGGUCUUUGGCAAGACUCGAGCAGCGGUUGAACCUGCAUCGUGAGAUGAUAAGAGAGAUAGCCAUGCCUAAAAAAAGAGAAGAUAUAUGUCUCAAGGGGUUAAUUAAUUGAAAUGUUUAAUGUUCUUCUCUCUAUCUGUCUAGUAAAGCUUGGUUGGGAACAACUUCGGUAUUUUGAAGAAAAAAAAAUCUAUUGAACAUCAUAUCGCGGCAGUGUUUUCAAAGUUAAUUACGAGUAUAUUGUUAAAAUCUUGUCCCAAACGGUGAUGUUAAUUGAAAAUAAUGUUUCCAAACAAUC